CCCCCUCCUCAGCGACCCACGUAUAUUUUCGGCAACCCCGCCGCGCCCCCCAAAAUUCGGCGGGAAUUUUUCCUCCCAAACUCUCUGUUCAUUUCACUCAGGCCGCAUUUCACAGCGCUCAGCUUCGCAGUACGCAACGCACUGAAAGCCCUACCCGCUCCACCAUCACGGCAUCAAAGCUCAGCGCCAUCCUCCCGCUAUCAAAAACCCACCAAAACCGCCACUAAGAAAUCGCAUCGCAUCAACCAUGCCUCGCCCGCCCAAGAACAAGCCCGUCCCCGAGCCUGUGGUUCCCGUUGUUGCGGCGCCCAGCGUCCCCGUCGCCGUGGCCCCCGCAGCGCACAACUUCAAGGCUCCCCCCGUUAUCGAUGUUGACCAGUUCAUCCGCGUCAGAGAUUCGGUCUACCAGCGACUCCAGACAAUCCAGGACCUGAUUAGGAGUUUCUCUCAGGAUUAUCUUCGUCAGACGAACCUCCUCAUUGGUGAGGGAACCAACCUUGAGAAUGGCGCAGAAUUGGACCGCAUCGCCGGGUCCCUCAACACCAUGAUCCAGCCUGCUUUUGCCCCUCCCCAACCGCCGGUUGAGGAGAAGAAGGAACGCAAGAAGCGUACCCACGACCCCAACGCGCCCAAGCGUCCCUUGACCCCCUAUUUCUUGUACAUGCAGACCGCUCGUCCCAUCAUUGCCAAUGAUCUUGGUGACCAGGUCCCCAAGGGGGCUGUUCAGGACGAGGGCCAGCGCCGGUGGUCCGUCAUGACCCCGGCCGAGAAGCUCGGCUGGAACCAGGCCUACCAGUACAACCUCCGUCUCUACAACGCGCGCGUCCAUUCUUACAAGAACGGCAACCCAAGCGCCAAGGAGAUGAGUGAUGACGAUGCUCGCGUCUAUGCCGACCAGUUUAGCAUCGGGAUGCCGCCUAUCGCGCAGGCCGAGGAGGUGCCGGCCAACGAGCAGGAAGCUGUCACCGAGCAGCUGCAGAGGGACGCCGUCCCGGAGCCUUCUCCGUCUGAGCCGGAGGAGGAGGAGCCCGCCGCGCCAGUAGCCAAGACCCCCAAGAAGGCGGCGACUCGCAAGCGGAAGAGCACCGCGGCCGCUACCCCGGCGGCUGCCGAGAUCGAGCCGCCCAAGCCGGUGGCCGCCACCCCCGCCAGCCCCGAGGUUAAGAAGCGGAAGCGGGCUUCCAAGGCCGCUGAGCAGGUGGUGGAGGAGCCUAAAAAGUCUGGCCGUAAGAAGGCCAAGAGCGGCUAGGCUCGUCUUCUCGUCCUAGCUCUCUUUCUAUCAUAUCGGUUCGGUUUUCUCUCUUCAACGAUACCUCUGGGAUCAAUGGGUGUUUCAAUCUCUCUUUGAUGAUGCCUCUCUUGUCAAGGGACACCGAGGGUGGGUUCAGGCAGCAGAAGGUACACUUGGUUUUGGAUGCGAAGUCGACAGCAUUCGCAGACGUGCUAUUCAGGGUCAACUGUUGGGUGUAACGGUCAGUGUAUGGAUCAAUGAGCAAGAGGCACCAGCCUCCAGGCCUUCAUGAAACGGAUCGCCGGAGGGAGGAAGGAGGAGGAAAGGUGAUGAGGUGCUCUCAUCUCGGCCCCACAAGCCAAUUGUGGUAUGUAUGUACUAUGUAUGUACAUGGUGGUCUCCAGUUUUGCGCUUUACUAGUUAUGGGUCGCAUCGGUGUGGGUUGUAGGGGCGUCAAUGAAUUUUACAUAUCUUCUCUCG